AUGGCACCCAGCAGAGCGUCCACAAAGCGUAGACGGACUUCGUCCGGCGUUGCAGUCGAUGCAGAAAUACGACACUCGCAGGACGAGCACGAGCACUUCACACAAUGGGCGAAAGAUCGCGGCGUACAAAUUGGUUCGGUCAAACCAGCACAUAUCGCAGGACGCGGAGUCGGCCUCGUGACAACAGCAAAUAUCAAACAAGACGAGAAGCUCAUCUUUGCUUCACCUCACGUCCAGCUGACUCUUAGCAUUAUGGCGGAAUGCGAGGAACCUGAGUCUCCUUAUAAUGUAUGGAGAUCAACUUGGCCUGGCCCACAAGACUUUGAGUCAAGCAUGCCUCUCUUCUGGAGCCAUAAGCUCAGGGAUCUUCUUCCUCCAUCUUUACAACAGCCCUUAGAUCGACAGCUCGAUGAUUGGAGGAAGGAUGCUGAGUUCCGCAGAACGAUAGUAGCGAAUUUACGUGACAACUCUGCGCGCAAAGAACAAGACGACGUUUUUAAGUACUACUGGGCUAUAGUGAAUUCCAGAAGCUUUCACUUCAAACCGCCGGGAGCUAAGCCUGGAUUCAUGGUGCUGUGCCCUUUCAUAGAUUACAUGAAUCAUGGUCCCAGCGGCACCGGUGUCAACGUCCGGCAGACAGCCAAAGGAUAUGAGGUCACUGCAAAUAGAGACUACGUCGCUGGCGAAGAAGUGCUCGCGACAUACGGCGCCCAUCCUAAUGACAAGCUCCUUGUCCACUAUGGCUUUAUCAACUCCAGCAAACCAGGUGCACCCUCUGACGACGACAUUCGCUUGGAUCACUACAUACUCGACAAUCUGUCUAAUACGACUCGUGAUCAACUGCAAGAUGUCGGCUAUCUGGGUUCUUACGCCCUUCUUCCGGCUACGAAUGAAAUAUGCUUCAAAACACAAGUUGCAGUUCGUGCAGAGCUCCUGACCGCGAACGAGUGGGAGUACUUCAUUUCCAACGGAGAAGACUUAAGUAAUGACCAGAGCGAGAAAGUGAAGCGAUGGCUGGAACCGUUCUUAGAUGGUUAUCGGAGCGAUGCCGAGAGCAAGAUUGCAGAUUUGAAGGCGAUGAAGCCCGGCAAGUCAGAAGCAGGCCCCGUCCAGCUGCUCUUGGUGCGGUGGCAGCAGAUAUACGAUGCGCUGGACGCUUUCAUUCAUGAAGGGUAG